AAUGUACGCUUUGCUUAUAUGCUCCCUGGAUGGUGUGUGAUAUAAAAUUUUUGGACGGCGUGCGAUAUAAAAUACAUGGGACACAGUGCACAGUUUAUUGGAAACCCCCUUUAGGGUGAUUAAUCAAUAAUCAAUUCUCUAACAGAAAAAAUGGACGAUGAAUGCGAGAGCUAUAAACUAUGGCGUAUCCGAAAAACAGUUAUGCAGGUAAUGUGAAUACAACUUGUAAUGAGCAUGACUUAUUUGUAAGUGAAUUAUUAGUUUACUAGAACCUGUUACAUACAUACAGUGCCCUUUUAAAUUAUGUUAAUUUCAAUCACUUUUCACAUAAUUUUUUUAGAAUAUUUAGAAUAUUUUAAACCAAAAAUGCUUUAAAUUAUAUUUAUUCAUAUCUUAAUACUAUUUUCUUGAUAAAUCGAUAAAUAAGUAUUCAAAUUAAAAAUAAUAUAUGUUAAACUUUAUUAUAAUAUUUAUUGUGUAAGAAGAUACCACUCAAUUUUUAUAAAAAUUAAUUUCUUUAUUGAUUUGUUAUAUUUUACAUUAGCUUUGUCAUGACAGAGGCUAUUUAGUCACUCAAGAUGAAUUGGAUCAGACAUUGGAACAGUUUAAAGAACAGUUUGGAGAUAAACCAAGGUUUAAACAAAUUUUAAAUCUAUAAAUUACUUACUUUUUAAGUUUUUGAUUACUUAUAUUAAAUUCAUUUUUUUAUAGCGAAAAAAGGCCUAGUCGUAGUGAUUUAAUUGUUCUUGUGGCACACAAUGAUGACCCUACAGGUAAUAUAAAUAACAUGCGUUUUAAUUUGUAUUACAGCAAUUCAUUUUAAAUUUCAGAUCAAAUGUUUGUUUUUUUCCCGGAAGAACCAAAAAUUGGUAUAAAAACUAUUAAAACCUACUGUCAAAGAAUGCAAGAAGAAACUAUUACUCGAGCAAUUAUUGUCGUUCAACAAGGAAUGACUCCAAGUGCCAAACAAGUAUGUUUUUAUUUUAACCAAUAAUAUUAGUACUAAAUUAAACAUAAAUUAUUUAUUUAUGUAGGUAUUAUAUAUUAUAUGUAUAAUAAGAUAAUGAGAUCUUCCAUUUGUAUUUCGUUCACAUGUGUUAAACAUUUGCAUUUGAUGAGCAUUUGCUUGGCCCGAAAAAAUACACAAUGAUCAUUGUAGUCAGUCUCAUUCUCUUAUUAUAUACAUUUAAAAAUAUAUAUUAUAGACAUUAUUUUAUAUAAUAUAUUCAAACUAAGCUCACAUGAGUUAAUUAAUAAACUAUUUUAUUUCUAUGUAGUCUUUAGUUGAUAUGGCUCCAAAAUACAUAUUAGAACAAUUUUUGGAAUCUGAACUUCUAAUUAAUAUUACUGAACACGAAUUAGUACCCGAACAUAUUGUUUUGACACCAGAUGAGAAGCAAGAACUUUUGUGUAGAUAGUAUCCUUUUAUAAAUAUUUAAUUUUAGUUUUAAUUUUUUUUUUCAACAUAUCAGGUGUCUUAAACUUUAUGCUGUUUUGGUUAUUUUUUAAUAACUUUUGCUGUCUAUUAUUUUCCAAAGCAUUAGUAAAGUUAAAUUAAGAAUUAUUUUAUGUUAUUCAAUUGUUGAUGGUUAUACAUUUAUAAUGAACUGUUAUUUAUUAGUUUAAACAUAUUUUUUAGAUAAAAUGUAUUUAUUAUAAAUUGAUUAAUGAAAUUAGAAGACUUCUAUUCAAAUAUUGUACAUUUUUGGCGUGGACAUUACUAAAUUGGAUUCUAUGAACAUUUUGCAAAAUUAUAAUAUCUAUUUUCUUUAAUGUGUUUACAUAUUUAUGUAAUUUUAAUUUGCUAAAUUUAUAUUAUGUAUCUAAUCGAUUUUCCUUAACUAAAAUAAAUUAGUAAAUUGAAAGAAAACCAGCUAAUGAGAAUCCAAGUGGGUGAUCCAGUAGCUCGUUAUUUUGGUUUAAAAAGAGGACAGGUAAGAAAAGGAUAAUUUUAUCUUAGUAGCAUACUAUGUACGUUAACUAGAUUAAUAAAAGAAAUAUGAAUUAAUUAUAUUAAAAACAUUAUCUAUAAGUGUAGUAUUAUGUAUCCACUUAAAAAUUAUUCUGUUACUAAUAUUUUAAAUUUAAUUUUGAUGAUUAGUUAUUUAUAUUUUAGUAUUUAUGUUCUAUUAAAGUUAAACUGGACUUCAUAAUAUGUAAAUAGAAUUAAUAUAUAAACAUAAAAAAAUUUAAAAUUGACCAAACAUCAAAGGUUAUACAUGAUAUACAUGCUAUAUGUCAUGUUGAUAAAAUAUAAUUUUAAGGCUGUCUGUCUGAGUUGUUUUUCUAAUUUUAUAAUUACUUUUAACAUUUUAAUGACCACUUUAAAGAUAAGGUGGUAAAACUUUUCAAUUAAUAUACUGCUUGUUAUUCAUUUAGGGAGAAGGGGUACAAAUGUUUAGUUAAAAAAGUUUAAUGCUUAAUAGAUUGCAAUGAAUUUAUGAGUUUUGAUUAAUCUGUAUUUUUGUGAAUCUUAAUCUUAGAAAAAUGAGAUUAAAAAAAAAGACUGGUACAAAAAAUUAAAAAAAAUUAUAUCUUUAAGUUUGCUGUAGGUUGUAAUUAUUCGUUAUUUUUCCAGUUUCCUUACCUUUCAAAGCCCCUUGGAAAACCAAAAAAAUUACCUCCCCCAAUGCACCUAACUAGAUAAACAAUUUUUAGAAUAGAUGCUACAUUUGAUACAACUGGGCAAGUUUUCUAUUUGAAAAGUUGUUCUCAGACACAUACAAAAAAAUAAAAAACAAAAGUGCAUAUCAUAGUAAAACUAAUAAAUCCCUCGUUACGCUCAGAAAAAAAAAACAAUUAAAUGAUCUACGAGAUUUUUUCCCAUAAGGAAUGUUUUUGUACAAAAUAUACUUUAGUUCCAAUAACCUUAAAUGAAUAUUGUUGCUAUGUUUGUUAUAAUAAAAAUAAUUAAUACAUUUAUUACAUGUACACUAUUAAAUUUUUUAUAUUAUUUUUGUUAAUAGGUGGUAAAAAUUGUAAGGAACUCUGAAACUGCUGGACGUUACAUUUCAUACAGAUUAGUAUGCUGAAGCAAAUUAUUAAAUCUAUUGUAACCUUAUCAUAUAAAUUAAAAGUUAUCCUAUAAUUAUAAAAUAUAAUACAUUUCUCAUAUUAUGUAUUUAUUGUUCUCUUUUAGUAUUUGGUAUAACUUCCCAUAGUGAUGCUAUUGUAUAACCUUCUGGCAAUGUUUCAACAGCUAAUCCUAAUGAUGAAUCAUAGUGUGGUAAUCCAUCUUCUUUACCAGUUUUACUUACACUGUAUGCCGCUAAAGUAUUCGAUACACCUAUAGUAUUUUCAUCUUCAAAUUCAUCAUAAUCAUUUGAAAUUGUAGGUUGUAUUUGAAUGGGUUCAUUGUUAUCCACCUAAAUUAUGGUAAUUAAAGUAUAAUUCCAAUUUAUCAAAAUGAUUAUAUAUUUAUGUGGCAAAUUAACCUCAUCAACAUUUACAAAAUGUACUCCAAAUUCUGGUAAUUGAGCGUGAAUACGAAACAAUGAUGAUAAUUCUUUAGUGAUUGUUCGUAAUCUAUCUUUAGGAUCAAUUCGAAAUCCAAGUGU